CUUCCGGUGGCGUGACUAUGGCGACAGGCUGGGUUCAACCAGGGCUCUGGCUGAACCAACCGCAAAAUUGACCUGGUAGAGCUGCAGCUCCCUCUCCUCCCUUGGAUCGAGUUGGGAAGAGACGCUGGUUUCAUUGGUAACUCCGACGGCCCCAACGACCCUCGCCCCUCAAGGGUGAGGUUCUAGCGGGUCCGGAGAGCCAAGACCGGCGGGUCGACAGGCGGGAAGCGGGGACUCGUCCGCACUAUCUGCCAGCCCAGUCACGGCAUUUAUAUUAACAGGAGAGAAAAGGUAAGCCGAGCGCUACCGCAAGAUAAUAGUCUGAAACAACGAUCUCUAUCUAGAAAUCAGUAGCCGCGAUAAAUUAACGAGCAGUACUACAAGUACCUACUGAGCAAUUGAACGAAGAAAGAGCCAGUGAAUAUCUUAACAACCCAAUAAAUCCAAUAAAUAAGACAAACCCGUGCGGUUUCCUUGCCAGACGGGAGGAAAAGAGGCGACGGACGAAAAUUUGUGAGGUAGAGGUCGCGGAGGUGGAGAGGAAGGAUUCACGAGGAUCGGUGUCGCCUUGGAAGAACAGGAGUGUCCUUGACGCCAUGUUGUUUUGUCUAGAGAAGGCUCUUCUUUAAACAAUCGACAGGAAGCGGAUGCUGAUGCAAGCGCAAACCACCAAAGACUACCAAAGAUCCGGAAGAGACAGGAAGGAACCCAGGGAAUAGGUUAGUUAACUUUCCCGAGAGAGCGCCAUCUAGUGUGGCACAGCGCAAAUUCCAGCUAAUCCAGAGGCAACAGGAACAAUUUAAUAAAUUAAAGUGCCGCCCCCCCACAGUAAGGAGCAACGGAACACGGAAGGAACAGAGGAAUAGAGGAACAGAGGGGAACAGAGGCUGAAGGAGUAAACAAACGGAACGGCGCGGACUCGAGGUAUACGGAAGAUUGGUGAGAAGAAAAGAAGCGGGGAAACCUAUCCCAAUCUCUUAGCAAUAACCUGUAGUGCGUGGUGAACAACGGAUUGGUCUACAUAUCGCUUUCUAUAUACAUACAUAUAUUGGGGUAACGGAACGGAUAUCCACAGUCCCAGUUGCGUCUUUAACAACCACAAACCCAGCAAUGACAACCCCCAAGUGGAAAUUAGAGAAAGAUAAAAUGGACUCUAGGAUAAAUGUAAGAAGGUCCUCACUUCCGGAGGAGGGGGGUCUGAAAGACAUUUUAAGAGAGAUUAAGAAAAUCUCAGAGAAGCAGGAUCUAUUACAGAAUGAGGUCCAAAUGAUAGCCAAGAAACAAGAUUUGCAAUACAAAACAUUUCAGGAAGAAAUGGCGGAUUUAAAGAAGGAAUGGAGAGAGGAGAUCGGUGCAAUGAAGAAAGAAAUUAUAAAAAACUCAAAUGACAUUUGUGACUUAAAAAUAGCAAAUAGAAGGAAUGACAAAACCCAAAGUAAAUUACAGGAAAAGAUUGAAUCCAUAGAAGAAAAGGAAGCUAAGUUGGAAAAAAUACAGGAAAGAUUGGAAUUUCAAGCAUUAGAAUUCCAAUUGAGAUAUAGAAAUGUGCAAGAAGAAGAGAAUGAGAACAUAGGUUGGGUGAUAAUACAACUAACAGCCCAACUCCUACAAUGUACCGAGCAAGAGGCCUGUGGGCAAAUUGAUAGGGUUUAUAGGGUGCAGUCAAAUUUCACAAAAAAAAACAAAGCAAUUAAGGAUGUUAUUGUCCAUUUCCUGAAAAAAACUACACGUGAUGAAGUGCUAAAAAGAAAUGUGCGGAACCCAAUUUGGUACAAGGAGAGGAAAGUGAUUAUCCUAAAGGAAUACCCAAAAUCGACGUUAAACAGAAGAAGAAAAUAUUACUUCCUCACAGAUGAACUUAAGAGGAGACAAAUUAAAUAUAGGUGGGAGAAAUAUGAGGGCCUAAUGGCAACAUAUAAAGAUGAAAAAAUUUGGAUAACUACGGAAGAAGAAGCAAAAGACUUCUUUAGAACGCUAAAGAAAGAUGUAAACGUAAACAGAUUAUCGUCAUCAUCAGGCAGCGGUAAAAAUCCAAAAGAAACGAAGAAACGAAGAUUCGACUCACCCAAACAUAAUGACCCAACAGUGACCGAAUUGGAUUUGAACACAGAUCAGGAAGACUCGGAUGAGGGAGAACAGCAGGAAGAGGAAGGAACCCAUAGAGAUGAGUAAACAAGACUUGUGAUCGCCAGACUCUGGAAAUCCGCACAAAUACCAACUAAAGAAUUAUGGUUAGAAAAACUACUGGAAAUCAAAAAUAUGGACCAACUAUCCUUCUUGAUCAAAAGAACGAACGGAACAGUUAUGAAAGCUACUGACUGGACUAAUUUUGAAGACUAUUUAAGGAAGAAGAUAGAAGCAAGCAAAGAUCGAGUAUAAGAUAGAAGAAGAAUUAGAAAUGGAAGUCAACUCACACACCCACUCACUACCUUCCCCCCUCCCCCAUCCCCUCCCCUUUUACCCGUCAAUCUUGUCCCCCACACGAACAUGGUGGUAUGCUCAUAGUGUUUUGUGGUUGAUGUAUGUUUGUCUACCUGUCUGUUUAUUCGUUGUGAAAAUCACAAUAAAAAUCUAUU